GCGGGACAUCCGGGAGUGGGCCUUCUGGCGCUUCUGUUACUUCCGCUUCCGGUCCCAAAUGAAAUCUCCCGCCACAAGAGGAAAGCGGUCUGGCUUGGUCUUUUGGUGCGUUGGGGUGUUUGCAGGUAACCAAAAUGCAGUUUUCAGGAGGAAAUAGAAGAAAGCUGAGGUUGGCAGGAGACCAGAAAAGUGCGUGUUACCCGCAUAGCCUUCAGUUUUACCUGGAGCCACCUUCUGAAAACAUAUCUCUGAUAGAGUUUGAGAACAUGGCUAUUGAUAGACUUAAAUUACUAAAAACAGUUGAAAAUCUUGGUGUGAGCUAUGUGAAAGGAACUGAACAAUAUCAGAGUAAAUUGGAGGCUGAAAUUCGAAAGCUCAAGUUUUCCUACAGAGAAAACUUAGAAGAUGAAUACGAACCACGAAGAAAAGAUCAUAUUUCUCAUUUUAUUUUGCGCCUUGCUUAUUGUCAGUCUGAAGAUCUUAGACGUUGGUUCAUUCAACAAGAAAUGGAUCUCCUCCGAUUUCGAUUCAGUAUUUUACCUAAGGACAAAAUCCAAAAUUUCUUAAAAGAUAGCCAUUUGCAGUUUGAGGCAAUAAGCGAUGAAGAGAAGAAUCAUCGAGAACAGGACAUUAUCGCCUCAUCGCUGAGUUUAAGUGGUACUCAGUUAGGAUUGGAAUCAGUGUACAAGAUCCCUUUUACUGAUGCUCUGGAUUUGUUCCGAGGAAGGAGAGUCUAUUUGGAAGAUGGUUUUGCUUAUGUGCCACUUAAGGACAUUGUAGCAAUUAUCCUCAAUGAAUUUAGAGCAAAGUUAUCCAAGGCUUUGGCAUUAACUGCCAGGACUUUGCCUGCUGUGCAGUCAGACGAGCGACUUCAGCCCCUGCUUAACCACCUUAGUCAUUCCUACACGGGCCAAGAUUUCAGCGUACAGGGAAAUGCUGGGAAGAUCUCUUUAGAUCAGAUAGACUCGCUCUCAAUCACGUCCUUCCCGCCCUGCAUGCGCCAGCUGCACAAGGCCUUGCGGGAGAACCACCACCUCCGGCACGGAGGCCGCAUGCAGUAUGGGCUCUUCCUGAAGGGCAUCGGCCUGACGCUGGAGCAGGCUCUACAGUUCUGGAAGCGAGAGUUCAUCAGAGGGAAGAUGGAUCCUGACAAGUUUGAUAGAGGUUAUUCUUACAAUAUCCGCCACAGCUUUGGAAAAGAAGGCAAAAGAACAGACUAUACGCCUUACAGCUGCAUGAAGAUUAUUCUAACCAACCCACCAGGCCAAGGGGAUUACCACGGGUGCCCAUUCCGUCACAGUGAUCCAGAGCUGCUGAAGCAGAAGUUGCAGUCAUACAAGAUCUCUCCCCAAGGGAUAAGCCAGAUUUUGGAUUUAGUAAAAGGGACACAUUACCAGGUAGCCUGUCAGAAGUACUUUGAGAUGAUACAUAAUGUGGAUGAUUGUGGCUUUUCUUUGAAUCAUCCUAAUCAGUUCUUUGUUGAGAGCCAGAGGAUCCUAAAUGGUGGUAAAGACAUCAAAAAGGAAUCGAGCCAGCUGGAAAUGCCUCACACCAAACCGAGUGUCCAGAAACCCAAGGGUGCAUCAUCUGCUCUGGCCUCUUUAAACUCGUCUCUGGACACGGACAUGGAGGACCUGGAAGCCUAUUUCAGCCAGUGAACUUGGGCAGUCUAGGGACCUCUUCCCCUCAGGCCAUCUCUUCUUAGUUUUAAGAAUUUGUUUUUUUGCUUUUGUUUUUGUUUAUCUUCUCCUUCUGCCCUAACUCAGUUGAUGCACACAUACCCCUAGGUCCUAUUUUAGGACUGGUUAAUGUCCCCUGAAAAGCUAACAUCCUCCAGUACAGCUAAAAAGAACUUUUAUCUUUGUAUAAUUUUGACCCUUUCCUUUUGCUAGACCAAUUUUACUAAUAAACAUCAAACUGUA